CCACGAAAGUGGACACACUGGCCGUCGUUUCCUUUUUUGAUAUCUUCGUGUUAAGAUUACUUUUUAUAAGUCUAUCAGCAGACAGACCGGCUAAAGAACAAGCGAAAACGUUGAACUAAAGCGCCCCUCUGCUAGACGCCGGCCGGACCGCACUCGCUCAGUUCAAGUUGAAGGCAAGGGAAUAUUAUUUUUAGCCAGUAGGCCACAGCUAAGUGGCACCCGUGUUGUGUCUGAUUUUGAAAAAACUUGUUUUCGGCUGCGAGCACAAAUAAAUCAAACAGUUUCUAAUCGCCAAAGCAGCAUGCCUCUCAUCCGUCUGGAGUCCUCCGACAAGGAGAUCUUUGAAACUGACCAAGAGAUCGCCAAGUGCUCGGAGACUAUCCGCAUUGCUCUCGAGGAUCUGGGCGAUGAGGCUGACAACAGCGUUCUCCCUGUUCCGAACGUUAACUCGCUGAUCCUUAAGAAGGUGCUCCACUGGGCCACGUACCACAAGGACGACCCAAUGGUUGCCGAGGAGGACGAGAACAAGGAAAAGCGUACCGACGACAUCUCCUCCUGGGACGCCGACUUCCUCAAGGUCGACCAGGGCACUCUGUUCGAGCUGAUCCUGGCGGCUAACUACCUGAACAUUCAGGGACUGCUUGACGUCACCUGCAAGACUGUGGCCAACAUGAUCAAGGGCAAAUCGCCGCAGGAAAUUCGCGAGACGUUCGCUUUGAAGAACGACUUCUUGCCGCAGGAGGAGGAGCAGGUUCGCAAAGAGAACGAGUGGUGUGAGGAGAAGUAAAUUGAACUUUUCUCAAGAUGCAACGGGGAUUUUCGGCUGUACAGCUAUUAUAUUGAAAGAAUUCAUUCAACAAAUAAAUUGUUUAGCAAAA